GGGCGCUGGCAGCCGGUGCCCGCGGCCGUGACUCUUCUCGCGCCGGUCAGCCCGGCGCAGCCAUGGCGCGGGGGCCGAGCCUCCUGGCGCUUCUCGCGCCGCUCUUUCUAGGCCCCGCUUUGGUGCGCAGCGCCGUCCCCCUGCCGCUGGUGCUCAACACAUGGCCUUUUAGGAACGCAACCGAAGCAGCGUGGAGGACCCUGGCGUCCGGAGGCUCCCCGCUGGACGCGGUGGAGCGGGGCUGCGCGGAGUGCGAGAGGCAGCAGUGCGACGGCACCGUGGGCUUUGGAGGGAGUCCCGACGAGCUGGGAGAGACCACCCUGGACGCCAUGAUCAUGGAUGGCACUACUAUGAAUGUAGGAGCAGUAGGAGAUCUCAGACGAAUUAAAAAUGCUAUUGGUGUGGCACGAAAAGUACUGGAACAUACAACACACACUCUUCUAGCAGGAGAGUCAGCCACCAUGUUUGCUGAGAGUAUGGGGUUUAUCAAUGAGGAUUUAUCUACUGAUAUUUCUCGAGCUCUUCAUGCAAAUUGGCUUACUCAGAAUUGUCAGCCAAAUUAUUGGAGGAAUGUUAUACCAGAUCCUUCAAAACACUGUGGACCCUACAAACCGCCUAGUAUCUUAAAGCAAGAUGGCUCUACCAAUAAAGAAACAGGAAAUAAAUAUGGCCAUGAUACUAUUGGCAUGGUUGUAAUCCAUAAGAUGGGACAUACUGCUGCUGGUACAUCUACAAAUGGUAUAAAAUUCAAAAUACAUGGCCGAAUAGGAGAUUCACCUAUACCUGGAGCUGGGGCCUAUGCUGACGACGCUGCAGGGGCGGCCGCGGCCACCGGGGAUGGCGACAUCCUGAUGCGCUUUCUGCCAAGCUACCAAGCUGUAGAAUAUAUGAGAGGAGGAGAAGAUCCAACCAUUGCUUGCCAAAAAGUGAUUUCAAGAAUUAAGAAGCAUUUUCCAAGCUUCUUUGGGGCUGUUGUAUGUGCCAAUGUGACUGGAAGUUAUGGUGCUGCUUGCAAUAAACUUCCAACAUUUACUCAGUUUAGUUUCAUGGUUUAUAAUUCUCUAAAAAAUCAGCCAACUGAGGAAAAAGUAGACUGCAUCUAAUCCAUCUUUUCUGUCAGCGUCUUUACUUAAGAAAGAAACAAAGACUGAAAAGGUUACUAUCAUCGUGCAAUGUGCCUCAUGUAUUCUAAAUUCUUGGUGUAAAAUAAGCAAAAUAAUCAGUUGUGCUGAAGUAGCACUUUGAUGUUCAAUGUCUGAAUUUUUUUUAUUAUCUUCACUUAAGUCUUAUAUAUCCCCUAAAAAUGAAUGUGUGUAUUUUCAUAUGUUUAAAUUUUAAAUGAUACUUAGGUUUAUGCUCAAUGUUUCAAUAAACUGCUACUUUGGAGAUUUA